GGUUUAACAGAUACCACUACAUAUAUUUGUGACUUUCAUCGAGAACAGUGCUGGGAAAGAUGGCUACGAAAGUCUGAAAAUGGGUUGACUGACAGCAGGGAAGAGGUCCUAACAUUGCUUCGCAACGUGGCAAAAUCACCAACAAAAGAGUCAUUUGAAAAAAAUUUGUCUUCCCUUAAGGAGAGUGCAGUUUGGCUGGCUAAUCCCAAGCUCAGGAAUUGGUUUGAAAAAACAUGGCUUGUAGAGUCUAAGGUAAGAAUUGAAAUAAAGCACACAGCACACAGUUUUAUACUUGUCUGCAAUAGACUCCUUCCCGUAACUCCCAAUCUGGAGGACAAAACAAUGGUUGUUCUCUCUUCUGAGAGAAAAAACCUUUUCAAAUGCAAGGCAAUCUUAUUCUUUUGCCCUCCAAAUUGGGAAUAAACUGAAAGGGGUCUAGAAGUACAUUGCAUGCAAUAUACACAGUUGAACCCCUAUCCAGCUAAAUGCAUUGACACUGAAAUAAAUUUAUUAUUAUUAUUAUUAGAGCUGUAUUAUUUUAAAAAAAUUAUUAUUAUAAUUACUAAUUAUUAACUGGUCACCUAUUAAGCGGCCAACCCGUAUUACUCGCCCAGUAAUCAAAGCUCCCAUGAGGGGUUUUUUAAAUUGUUUUUUACCUCUAUUUAAGCGGCCACUAUCCAUUUCCCCAAGGGUGGCUGCUUAUUAGGGUUCGAACUGUAUAAGAACGAAAGCUUGCCUCUGCACGCCCAUGUCCUCCUUUGCCUGACAUACAGGUAAAUAACACGCCUGUCUAACAUAUUUGUGUAAAUAAUAAAUGUUGAUGAAGUGAGCUGUUAGCAUGCAGCAAGGACCAGUUCACUUAAAAGUUUAAAUUCUCUGUAAUUUGCUUUUUAUUACAGCGAUGGGUGUGGGCAUUCAGACAGGACCGAUUCAUGUUGAGUAUCAACACUAACAACGGCAUUGAAAGGCAGAAUGAGUCCUUGAAAUACCAGUACCUGAAGGAUCGAAAUAACAACAGCCUCAGUGGAAUGGUUACGACACUAAUCGAGGAAUUUCUACCCGACAAAUACAGAAGGUACAGUACAUCCCACAUUCAAAAAUUCAAAUGCUUAAAGUUAAAGUAGGGAUUAAUGCAAAAAUUCUACAACAUAUGCAACUCAAAUAUCACUGCAUAAUUAUUAACAAUUUAUUAAGACGCUGCUUUUUUCCCAGGUAUGUGGAGCUUAACACAAGGUGCAGUGAAGGAUACAGGCGCUACAGCUCAGAUGUGCCAAAAUACUUGCACAAUAAACCAAGACCAUUUGUGAACCACUGCAGGCAGCGCAUAAUAUCUGCUGUUGAAGUAGAACCCCAGCAUAUCAAGGAGGUUUGUAAUGGCAUAGAAGAUGGUCAGUUCCAAGUGCAAUCACAGUCAAGCAACACAUGGUACAGCCUGUCUUUUGGUGCUGGGGAUGUCAUGCCACGAUGUAGCUGUCCUGAUUUUUGCCACACGGGGCUCCUAUGCAAGCAUUUUUUUGCAAUUUUCGACCAUUACCCAAAAUGGCAGUGGGGUUCAUUGCCAGAAAAAUAUCGUGAAAACCCCCAUCUCUCACUAGACAGGGAGCAUGUGUUUGCUGAUUUCACUAAGUAUAAAAGUGGUGAAGAAAAUCACAACAUUCAGAUUGGUCAAGACGUACCAGGAAAUCAGCAAGAUGGCCAAGCAGGUGUCCCAAACCAGAAAGUGAAAGGCAUUGAAAGUCAAAUCAGGCAAGAGGCAGUAACAUGUAGGGAGAAGCUUAAAGGGCUAACAUCAUUGACAUAUAACAUUGAAGAUGUAAGUGCCCUCAAAGAACUCAACAGUUCCCUUGAAAUGUUACUAAUUAAGUUCACAACCUUUCAAACAACUGACGAAAAGGAAAACUCGUUACAAAUGCAAACGUUGAUUAAAAAACAAUCUGGCAAGAAACAACUCAAAUCAUCUUUUGGAAAUUACCUGCCACUACCUGUGCGCCCCAAGAAAAAAAGGUUUCACAACAGAGUUGGAGAAUUUGCAUCCAUGAUGCAAAAACACUAUAAAGUGCAAAUCCCGGUUGAUGGAGUGUCAGUCAAGACAUCCAAAACAAAAAGUUCUCUCAAAAGAAAGAAAGAAUUGCACAAAGAAUCCAAACAUCCUUCUCCAGCAAAGAAACAACGCACAGAAGAACAGAACCACCUUGUCCAAAAUGAAACUAAAACAAGCAAUGAUCCAUCUGCUGCUCAGGAGAGAACUGAUACCUCUCCAACUAACACUCAACACCCAAAUUCAGAAGACCAACCUUUGCAAAAAGAAAUAUUCUCAUCGGCAGUCAGCAACAGUCAAUCAUCAACAGUCAGCAACAGUCCAUCAUCAGCAGUCAGCAACAGUCCAUCAACAACAGUCAGCAACAGUCCAUCAUCAGCAGUCAGUAACAGUCCAUCAUCAACAGUCAGCAACAGUCCAUCAUCGGCAGUUGGCAACAGUCCAUCAUCAAAAGUCAGCAACAGUUCAUCAUCAGUAGUCAGCAACAGUCCAUCAUCAGCAGUUGGCAACAGUCCAUCAUCAAAAGUCAGCAACAGUCCAUCAUCAGCAGUUGGCAACAGUCCAUCAUCAAAAGUCAGCAACAGUCCAUCAUCAGCAGUUGGGAACAUUCCAUCAUCAAAAGUCAGCAACAGUCCAUCAUCAGCAGUCAGCAACAGUCCAUCAUCAACAGUCAGCAACAGUCCAUCAUCGGCAGUCAGCAACAGUCCAUCAUCAGCAGUCAGCAACAGUCCAUCAUCAGCAGUCAGCAACAGUCCAUCAUCAGCUGUCAGCAAUGGUCAAUUUGGUGACUCAAGUACUCCUUCAAGCAAAUCUACUCCAGGACCUAUUCUAAUUGACGAAAAUUCUCCUGAUCCUCCAUCAUGGUUGACAAUAGAAAAUUGUGACCCUGAGGAUCCAAAUUACAAACUUAAUCUGUAUAUAGAAAACAAGACAAGAAUUUUACAGAAGACCACCUGGCUCUCUGAUUCUGAGAUCCAUGCAGGGCAAAUGCUACUCAAGAGGGAUUAUCCCUUCAUGGACGGGCUAUGUGAUCCAGCAAUAAAAGGGUCCCUUGUUGUCCCUGCAACAUCAGAGUUCAUUCAGAUCAUCAAUACUGGGAACCACUGGGUGUGUCUAAGUACAAUUUCAACAACAUCCAGUCCCGACACUGUCAAGAUUUUCGAUAGCCUUUAUCAGAAUACUAAUUCAACAGCAGUAGAGCAUGCCUGUCGCAUGUUGAUGUAUCCUGGAGACAAAGUCACUUUUAUCAAUGAGAAAGUCCAGCGACAAGUUGGAGGUAGUGACUGUGGUCUGUUUUCGCUGGCAUUUGCAACUGAUUUGUGUCAUGGUAUAGAUCCCACAAAUCAGAAUUAUAACCAAGGAUCUAUGCGACAGCAUUAUGUCAACUGCAUAGAAAAUGGAGCCAUGUCACCAUUCCCCAAAACUGAAAAGAGAGUGCCACGUCACUUGGGCAGUAUCAAGUCAUCUGUUGCUAUUUACUGUGUGUGUAGACUACCAUAUGACAGAGAAGAAUAUGUUCAGUGCAGCAAUGGAAAAUGCAAAAAAUGGUAUCAUCCCACUUGUGUGAAAAUACCAGCCUGGGCAAUAAACAGCAAUCGUAAGUGGAGAUGCAACAAAUGCAAAGACGAUGCAAAAGUUACAUCUUCCUCAAGAAAUUAA